CUUGUAUUGUGUUAUCUUCCAGCCUGCUGACCUGGCGUUGCAGCUGCCUUUCUAGCUUGAUACCCUAUAUCCAAUACAUUUCCUCCAAAGGUUGUUUGCGUAGUGAUUUCAUUAAUCGUCACCACGCGCGCUAUACGGAUAUAUCGGUUCGUUGACAGCAACUAACCCUGGACCUUGCUCGUAGAUACCCAGACUUGAGCCUCUUUCCAGCAUACCCUGUCGCAUCAUGUCGGACCUCCACAAGGCACUAGAAUGUCUUCGUCCAAAGGAAUUUGAGAAUGUCCCAACCGACAACCUCAAGGCGUUCUUGCCAGAGAUUCUCGCCAACGCAGAGUUGAUCGCGAAUUCGGUCCCUCCGCCACCCAAUGGCACGCCCUACGAGUCCUCGAAGCGCACGCGAACAAAUCCACAGCCUGCGUUCAAUGCUGCUGACCUCACAAUCUCUGAUGUGAGACGCCCACUGCCGGCCAAAGAGCAUGCGGCGCUGCACAAGUCAUGGGGCAAGCCAUUGAAGCUGGGGAACAAAGAGGCGGCUACGGGCAUGAGCGUGUUCAAGAUGGCGGGCAACGACCGACACGGCGCGUGGUUUGCGAGAACAGGUGUGCACGAGGGUCUUGGGUUUGCCAAGUGGAAGCGUGCCAUGCUGAGGGAGUUUCCCGAGAGUCUGGAAGUGCAGGGUGGGCCUGGAACGGGCAACGUGAGAGGCAUUGGGGGUGAUCAGAAGCUGGAGGACAUCAAUGUGGACGGCAUAGGAAAGCUUGAAGUGUACCAGUUGUCUGCGCAGUUCCCUGGCCCGACAUCACCACGAGAGUUCAUUACGUUGCUCAUCACCUCGGAUCAGUGCCUCACUCAGGCCUCCAAGGUUGGCGAUGCUGUUCCGCGGCACUACAUGGUUGUCUCAAUACCAGUGUCACAUCCGAAUGCGCCGGCUCGAAAUGGCAUGGUGCGCGGCUUCUACGAGUCUAUAGAGAUGAUCCGAGAGAUACCUCUCCCUGAGGGAGGCGACGCCGAAACAAAUCCAGUCGAGUGGACAAUGGUGACGCGCAGCGACCCUGGAGGUGGUAUUCCGCGUUUCAUGGUCGAGCGAAACGUGCCUAGUAGCGUUGUGCUGGACGCGGUCAAGUUUCUCGAUUGGGCUUGCCCUAGAGACGACCUUGAUCAACCACAGGAGGAGAAGCCGCCAGUAAGCAAUACAGACAGCAAGGCGGAGCAACACUCCGAUGCACACCCAUACCACUCGAUAGCGGAGUCGAAUGGCAUCACUGCGGGUGUGGGGACUAGCAUUGCCGACAGGCCAUCAAAUACAUACCGACGUAUAUCACACCAAGCAGUAGACACACCUGAUAACGCAAACCAAGGAGGUCUAAUCGCUCAAUUCAGAGACGCAGUAGGAGCUUACAUACCCGACGCGAUGAACCCACUACAACGCACCUAUUCCAGCAGUUCCUCAUCUUCAUCCUCGUCAGCAGACUCGUUCGCCUCAGCCGAACAGUUCACUGAGGAACCAACCACCGCACCUCAAGGCCUUCCCAUCGACAACAGCAUUCCCACGCCAUCCCUCCGCUCCGAGAUCUCCCUUCCCGCCGCCGUUGCCGUCGACGAAAUCCCCCAAUCGAAGGAACUCGUCAAAAUCGAAGAAAAGAAACAAGCCGUGCAAGAAAAACUCGACGAGGCGCGCGAAAAACAGACUCGAGAGCUCGAAACAGCAGAGGGUUUGAAGAACCAGAAAGACCUCGAGAAAGCGACGGAGAAGCAACAAAAAGAGAUGAAGAAACAAGAAACAAAGUUCGAGAAAGAGAUGCGCAAGCUCGAGGAGCGCCGUGAGAAGGAAACGCGCAAGUUACUCGCUAAACAGCAGAAGGAGGUGGAGAAGAAUAAGCUCUUCCAGACACAGCGCGAACUCAAUGAGUGCAGGCAGAAGUUUGAUCUGAUGGAGCAGGAGAACAAGUUGCUCAAGGAGCAGAUUGCUGAGAUGCAGAGGGAGAAUACGGCCAUGGUGGUGCGGAUGGGGAAGAGUGAGGCUGGGAAGGAGAUUUUGAAAGCGGUCAAAGAGGAAGAUUCUUCUUACAUCACGGGGCGCAAUAGGACAAGCUCCAGGGCGAGUGGGAGUUCGGGGGUUAGUGGACGUUUGGGCGGAGUCAUUUCAAGGACGGGGACUGAGUCUACCGUUGGUUGAGGAUGGGUGAGUGUUCUAAUGUUUGGCUUUUGUGUAGAUGUGGUCGCUUGCUUGCUUGCUGUAGUCUGGCAGCACAACAUAAUCAACACUCCUAUAUUCC